GUCCUUAGCCACGGUUGCCACGCCGCGACGGGGCUGGGGAUCGGCCAACUUCAAGUGUCUCUGCGCUUGGCGGCCUGAAGUUCUCCUUGCGCUGCGGCCUAGCAAUGGACACCCAGAAGGACGUUCAGCCCCCGAAGCAGCAGCCCAUGAUCUAUAUCUGCGGAGAGUGUCACACAGAAAGUGAAAUAAAAUCCAGAGAUCCAAUCAGAUGCAGAGAAUGUGGAUACAGAAUAAUGUACAAGAAAAGGACUAAAAGAUUGGUGGUAUUUGAUGCUCGGUGAAUUAUGGAAAUACAGGAGUAUCUUCAUUUUACUUGACUUUGCUCCAUUAAUAAUUCUUAUUGUUGUAUAACUUAAGUUAGUACACUUUCCUUAUGAGUAUGAAACUGUACAUAUGAUUUUAUUUCAUGUUAAAAACAAGAUUGUAUUUAGAUAUCAAUACUUUCUUUGUAUAAAGAAUUUGUUCAAUUAUAUGACUUGCGUGUCUGACUCACAAUGAAAAUUAAAAUUAUUUCCUCAAGCCAAA